AUGGACUCUAAAGGCAAAGUUAAAAAUAGGUCAGUUAACUUUACCCCAAUGGAAGAAACCCUCCUAGCCUAUUUUGUAAAAAAACAUAAAGGCAUUUUGGAAAACAAAAAAACCGAUGCCGUCACGAAUGCAGAUAAAAAUAAGUGUUGGGUCAUGCUGGAAAAAGAAUUCAACGCUGAAAGUGGUGCCUCAUACAGAAGUGCCCAAAUUUUGAAAAAGAAAUAUGAGAAUAUGAAGAAACAAACAAAAAAGAAAAUAAGUGAAGAGAAAUGCUACAGAUUUGGAACUGGUGGUGGCCCUUUUCAAGAGUUUACUCUGACGGAAGCCGACCAAACUGUAAUAGAAAUUUUGGGGAAAACAAGGGUGCAUGGUUUGGCCACCCAAUUUGGAGGCGAUGCAGAACCAAAAAAAAUAAAAACAAAGCCAAACUCAAGCAAUGUACACACUCCUCCUUCACCAACCCAGAAUUUGGAGACACAUAACAAUGAAGAAGACAUAGAAGCCAUACUUAUUUACACUGAGGAAACCGAGGAAGCAACGCAAAAUGACACUGAUCGAAAUAAUGAAAUAGAAUAUGUUGAAGACAAUGGUCAACAUGAAGAAAUUAUCACUGAAGAAAAUUUACAGGAAACAGUUGUAGAUAUACAUGAGGCUCCAGUAGAAACCUGGUCAAAAUAUAAUCCUACUUUAUUGAAAACACCAAAGUCAAAAGCUCUCAAACCAUCAACAAAAACCGGCCAAAACGUGGACAACGUGAUUUCGAAAAAAAUAAGUCAGUGGGCAACCGUGAAGUCUUCUCUAGAAGAGGAAAAACGAAGAUAUUUGGAGGAAGAACAUGAGACCAAAAUUACACUCAUGAAAGCCCUUCAUGAUGAAGAAUUGGAUAUAAUGAAAAGGGAAUCCCAAAUAAGAAUACUUAGAAGUGAGGAGGAAAAGAAAAUCAUUAUUGAAGGCUUAAAAGAAGAGCAAAAACAGAAAAAAGAGAUAUUUGAGCUACAGAAGCUUAAACUGCUCAAAGAAAUGAGAAAGUGA